AUGUCGUCUGCUCCUGCAGCAGGACCAGCAGUCGGUGAAUCGGCCGCCGCUGCCACCACUGCUCUUCCAUUGCAGCCAUUACAGCCAGCCACGCCAUUCCGACCGCACCAUCGCCGCAACCAGUCGUCCAUCUCAACCACCAUCAGCCUCACAGAGCUCGACGUCAACGGCAACAGCAGCAACAGCAACAGCAGCAGCAACAGCGGCAGUGCGCUGGGACGUAGCGGAUCGGCGAAUCAACCACCAGCGACGACCACCAUGGCCAGCGCGUUUGCGAGCCAAGGCGACGAGCUCCAGUCCUUCCUGCUGUUUAGCACCGACGCGGAUGACGACGAAGAUGAUGCAGACUUUGCGCUGUCCUAUGCCCGGCUAAGUUCACUGGCUACAGAGCUCAACACCACCGUCAAGACAUCGCUUCAAGGGAACACCUUGACCCUGUACGCUCUAGCCGUCCGAUCCACCUACGAGACACUUCUUGCAUCUCCAUGGCGGUCUGCUGCAGCAGUCUCACCGGCAGCAACAGCAGCCGCAGCAUCCAAACACUCUGCCCACACAGAGACCGAUGUCUUGCGAUACAGUGCGACCACGUUCGGCCCGCUGCUUUGGGAUGCACUUACUAGUCGAGCACAUCACGAGAUUCAUAUCUCGUUUGACAUGCGCGAACGAGUGCAGUUUCUGGUGGCAUUGCGCAACGCCUUUGCUGCCGAAAUCAGUGCCACCUUGCAGCUGUUGCAAUCCGCUGUCGAUUUGCACCAGCUCGCUGCACCUUCCUCGCAGGCGUCAAGCUCGCUGGCUUCCGCGCUUGAUGGUAGCUUGAACAGCAACAAUGCGAGCGUCCGACCACAUGGCAGUGCAUCAAAGAGCGGGUUGACAUCAGCAGCAGCGACCAGCUCCUCCUCUUCUUCUUCUUCUUCUCAACCGGUGCCAUCGGAGAACUUGGCUUCGGCCAUUCACACACGGCGCGUUGAUGUGCUGAGUCGCGAAUCGCUCCUCGCAUUUAACGCGGCGCUGUCGAAAUGCAAACAGAUUAUUGACAAGAUUUCGCAGCACUCCGAGCUCGCCUUGUGCCGCAGCAACACCUCAUGUAUUGUGAUGCUUCGGCGGAUUUUCAGAGCGCGACUAGUUCUGUCGUUGCGACAAAACCCGGCCAGCGUUCUUGUCCACGUGCACCGCUUUGAAGCCGUCUGCGAGGUCGUGCUGCAGCAGCAUUACAAGUCCCUCCUCCACCCAACAUGUAGCCCAGGUCCCGACAGCCUAACCACUCAAACGCCACCACUAUUGUCGCAUUCGACUUUAGAGCAGUCGCUCGCCUUUGGAAUGCGUCGGCGGCGAGCCUUCUCACUUCCCUCCCGGUCCAGCUCUAUCGCGCACGAGCUUUCCGCAGCACCCUUCACCACCGCAGAUGAUGCUCGAGUUAACGGAAAACUUGUCGAGUCCCCUCUACCUUCAGCGGCCACCGCACUGCCAAAUUUGCCACCUUCUUCGUCUUCUUCUUCUUCGUCCUUUUCUCCUUCUUCUACACCCCUGCACAGCGUCGUCGUCUUCUCCCGCGAGAGCCUGCUUCGGCGGCUCAACUACGCCUUCGACGCGGCCAAGGGCCAGCAGGACUUUGUUGCCCGCGUGGAGCAGACUGCAUCUCUCGCCACGCAUGCGGUGACUGCCGACGUGCGGCAUCAUUUGAGCUUGAUUGUGCGCGACAUGCAUCCAAACCAUCUCCCGUCAAUGUACGCCUCAAAUGCUGCGUACAAUGCGUGGAAGCGCCGCGAGUUGAAGCGAGCCACUUGCAUCUUGCAGCAGAUCGACCACUUGCAGCGUCUGCGUCGGGGUCUUGGUGCGCAGCUCGUCUCGUCGUUGUGGUGCCCCGGCGCCCCCGACCACUCGUGGUUUACCGGUACCCUGACUGUGCAUGUUCUCGAUCUUGUUCGCGACCAUGCGCAGGGCGAGGACAAGCUCAACCUCGCCCGCCGAAAAGUGCAGCGUCCUGCUCCCGACGCGGUGCUGCCGGCCAUUGCUCGUGACGAUGACAGCAACGCUCUCACCAGCGGCGGUAUUGUCCCUCAUUUCGCUGGCGGAGAUUAUGUGAUUGACGCUCCGUUUCCCGUGCGAACGGUUGCCAUCGAUCUGUGGAACGACGAUGUUUUGAGCGACUCGAGUCUCUUGACCCGCCCAUUCGAUCCAUGGCAUCGCCACGUUCUCGACAAGGACGACAUGCUGGGGCGUGUUUCGAUCGACUUGACGCACCCGGUUUUCCAGCAGCCUCGCAGCCAGUCCGGUGUUGUCGUCGGCUGGUUUCGCAUCGACGCAGCCGCAUCUGCGAGCUCGGCUUUGCGCACGGCGACCUCGAGCAACCCUCUCACUGCUUCUUCAAGCUCCCAGUUCGCAGCCACGCGACCAGAUCUGGGAGAUUUGGAAGCAACCUCGACAGGGUUUGCGACUCAGGCGGUCGCCGGGCUCGCCCGCCUCAGCAUCCGGUUUACGCGCGAGCCGCUGGUCACCCCGUCGGCCUGCGUUGUGGCCGCUCAUGUGGCGAGUCCCAUCCAGCCGACAACACCAGCCGCACCAACGGCUCCAUCGGCUCCAUCGGCUCGAGCUGAAACAGCCGGUCAGGCGGCAGCCACCGACGACGCAUCCAAGGUCAACUGGAUUACGGCGAGUGGCAGCUGGUACGAUGCAUCGCAUCCGUUCGCCGCACAGACCAUCACCCUGCCGCCUGUGGCGUCACCCGUGGCAUCCAUUCCGCUUCCGCCGUAUGCAUCCAUGUUCCAGCAACUCGCGUCGCGCAUGGUCGAGUCUGAGCUUGAACAGCGAGUCCGAGAAGCAGAGCUUCAUGACACUGCCGUGCUGAGUGUCGAGCAGGCCGAGUCGCUUGCGCUUUUGCGCCAGCAAGGCCGAUCGUACUCGCAAGAGCUCUUGCCAGGACCGGCUUCAGCUCCCUUGAGCGGGCGUUCAACGCCACCACCGUCAUCUCAACCACCCACUCUGGGCCAUCAACGCCACGCGUCCUUUGGCAUAAUUGAAACGACACCAACUCUCUCAGAUUCGAGCGGUUCCCUGUCCUUUGGCGGCGGCGGUGGCGGCGGCCCAUCCACACCCGACAUUUUCGGUGGCCCAACGCACAACCCUUUGACUUUGCCAUUGAAAGCUCGCUCCAAGGCGGUCGAGCGCCAGCUGUCAGUGGAAGCGCCGGCGGGAAGCUCGUCGUCGCAUCGGGCAUCCUUGUCCACCGCUCCAUCCGGCUCGACGGGCAGUCUCAAGCCGCCGACAAACCCCUCGGGUCGCCGAGCCAGCACGGUGGCUGCCCUGGAGCAGGCGACCACCCCAACGCUUCCCGACACUGACGAUCUUGUGGCGUCUGUGGCCAACGUGCGCCAAAUGUUUGGUCACUUCCCAGGUCCGUUUUCCAUCCACUCGCUCUGCCUCUUGGAGGAAUUUGGUGCUCGAUAUGGAAUUGGCAUCACAGCGCGGCGAUUGGCGCUCUUGGAUGCCCUCCUUGGCGAGCACGACCGUUGCGGAUCCGUGGAUACGAUUGUGCUGCAGCGGAUCGUGGAGGACAUUUUGCGCGACGCCGGUUACGAGUGCGACCUUCCUGUGAAAGUCUCGCCACUCACCCAGCCCAAGCUGGUUGCUCAGACCAACCCGACAAGGCUGACAUUCCCGGAAGUUCGCAAGCAGUCCGCUGCCGUGAAUCCGCUUACACCUGGCGAGCAAGAGCAGUUUUUGAAUACGCUCGACCAGCUCGUGGAGCGCUUGGUUGACCAGAUUACAAAGUACAAGUACAUUUUCCCGACCGAAGAGAUUGCCACUUGCGCCUUCUCUCGAACCAUCAACUGUCUGACCUUUGUGCUGUCUUCCUCAUUCUACCGUCUUCGGCACGCCAAUCCGUUUGAGCAUCACCUCAACCUCAUGAAACAGCAAAAUAUUGCCCAGGAGCAGUCCUUCCGCAUGUUCAACGCGGGCGCGACCGAAGUGGCAGGCGGAUUGUCUUACUCUCCCUACUUUUCACGCGUCAAGUCACCCUCUUCAAGCACAUCCAAGAAGCAGCAAGCCGCUGGCAGCCCGUUGGCUCGAUCUGGCAGCUCUGGCAAUGCACCGCCACUCGACGAUGCUGCAUCGCAGUCGCCUGCCCCGUCUCCUUCUCCUCUGGGAAUGCGCCCAAUGCCACAGCACCUCAUGACGCAGCAGCGCUUGUUUGGCACCACCGAGUCAUCGGCGGACCUGCUGAGCUUGCUCACAACGUGCAUUGAACGUGGUGCUGCGGACAACUAUGUUGUCAUGUCUGCGAUGGCCGCGCCGAAUGACUCUCUGUCCAGCACUGUCAAAAAGACUGCGCAUGUGCUUGUUGUCAAGCUCGUUGCACUGUGCGAGCGGAUUGUCGAGGCGGUGCGCCGCGACCUUGCCUUUGUGCCGGAAAUCUAUGGGAUUGAUGUGGCGGCAAUUGCCGCACAUCUCUACCUGAUCCGGUUCACCGCGGAAUUGGAUGUGUUCUUCAUGUCGAUGCCAGUCGAGUCUUCCUCCGGCAUGUUUGAUCUGUACUUUGCCCUGCGCGACAUGCGACGACAAAUGACUGCCAUGCUCCGAAACUCGACCAUUGAGACGCUGCUGGAUGAGCGCAUGCUGCUUUCAGAGUGGUUUAUUCCCUUCGUGUUCCGAUGGAUUGAGCAGAAGGGCGACAAGAUGCUGUCGUGGGCUGAUUCCGUGCUCGAGUCGGAUCAGCUGUUGCAUCGUUCUCGUACCGAGCUGCAGUCCACGUCCGUCAGCGACAUUUUUGACAACAUUCAGCAGAACGCUGGGUUUCUCGUUCGUCUGGAUUGGGUCGAUCAUCACAUGUUUGUGAUCUUUGUCGCCCGAUUUGCAGUGUGCAUUUGUCGUGUCCUCGACUUGUACAGUGCAGCCCUUCGCCGCACUGUCGCAAAACGACUGGCACGCAAGCCAGACCACAUUCUCGACAUCAAUGUCAUGCUUGGCCAGUGGAUUCAAGGCCACCAUCACAAGCAGAGCAAGCCAGAUGCCGCGAAGCGGUUCCAAACACAGCGCGAGGUUUGCGUUUGCCUGGACAACAUUGAGGCAUCUCGUUCGCACCUCCAGCGCUUUGUCUCAUCCAUCCUCCCGACUCCCAGCGCACCCAUGGUCGCGCUUGGGAUUCACAGCGCCAUCGUCGACGAGCUUCCCGUUCAUGAGAUGUUCAAGGAGGGUGUCACUGCGUUGGAUCGCAACAUGCAAGCAAUGGUUGAGAUGGUAGCUGGCGAGAUUCACGAUUCUAUCUGGCUGAUGCUGACAGUUGCAACUAGCACCAUCCCAGAGCGCCAAGCGAUUCGGGAGAGUCUCGUUGCGACAUCGACUCUGGUUGCUCCUCCGCCUCCCUUGUCCGCUUCAUCCGCGACGCCGGCACCUCCGGCUCCUGUGUCAGCCACAAAUGCAUCAAGCCACUCGAGCCUUCCCAGCGUUCUGACGCACGUUCCGACCAAAGCCGCUGCCAUCGUCGUUGCCGCCGUCUCAAAGUCGGGCGGCACUGCCACCUCGAUGCUCUCCAAGUUUGCGAAAAAGCUUGUUGGUGGCAAGGAAAAGGACCGUGACUACUUUAGCAUUGGCAUCAUGGAACCCGGGGAGGAGGUGGACGAGUCAGAGUUCCAUGCCAUUCUCAGCCCCGUUGCCGACUAUCUGCGCACGAGUCUCGCACAGCACCACGAGCACCUCUUCCACAAAGUCUUUAUCGAGGUUCUCGAGCGGCUUUGGAGCCGCUUUGUCACGACCUGCCUCGCCGUUCUGGGCGUGGCACCCUCCGGCAACCUGUCCAAUCAACAGCUUCCCCUCGUCCAAGUGAUGCUUUUGAGAUCACUGGUUGCAAUUGUGAAACCAGUGUUUGCAUCUGAAGACAACCAACGCCUUACUUUGGCUCAGCUGGAGACACCCGCGUUCGUGACGCUGACUCAAGCGUUGGAUCUUGCUCGCAAACCGUCCAUCGCUGUCAUGCAGGUGUACCAGCAAGCACCGCGCACCGAUCCCAUUUGCCGCAUGUGCCUGCUUGUGCUCAAACUUCGAGCGGGCAGCGAUUCUGCUGUUGCCGACUUUCUCAAGCACAACGACUCGGCCUCCCCGACAACGCAAGCGCCCUCCUUCUGGGAAACCGGGCUGGGUGCUCAGAUUGGCGCUCACAUUAGUGGCUCGCACAGCAACCGGUCGUCGGACGGUCGACACAAGCCCUGAAAACAGGCGACCGCCUGUGUGUGUGUUUGCGUGAUUUCACAAUGGGCCUUUCCCCCUCCUCCCACGCCACCCCACCCAUCCAUCUUUUUUCAGUACCAUGUUUAUUUAUUACACGCUUUCUUGUUCCAAUCUAUGCGCCCCUUUCCC